GGCACGUCCCCGGGGGCUGCGCUGUGUGCGCCACACUCGGCUCUUCCGUUUUCCACAGCGCCCCUUCGCCCCUGCCUCCUUCCGGUGGAAUCUGACUUGCUCAUUAUUGCCUUUAAUCUUGAACUUGAAUAGCUGGCCCGUCUCCUGGAGGGUGGACAUGAGUUUCUGUGUCAGCUCCAGGAGAGACGGCUGCGCCUGAGGCUGGGCCUAGGGGGUCUCCUGGAGGAGCAGCACCUCCUGGUCACGAGCCGGGGGCCGGGCUGCAGCCUGGGCAGAACCUGUUCAGGGGCCGGCCUCUUCCUCUCUGCGGGCCCCUUCACACGUGGCGGGCGCUGGCCGCUCCAGCCCCGGGGGUCUUGUCUGUGAUUGGGAGGGGCCUGGCCCUUGUUGUCUGUAGUGUUUUCCAGCAACCCCCAAAAUAUCCCUCAGACCCCCACUUUCACCAGAGGGCUCCUGGCUUCCCGACCCUAGGCGGAAGAUAGUGACGGGAGGUGGCAGAUAGAAGGGCUGGGGUCCACGUGAGUUCUCCCGACCCCGGCUCCUUCAGAAGAGGGAGACCUCAGGUGGUGACUUAGUCAAGAUGGUGGAGGUCGGUUGGUACGCAGGCCUGUCAGCUGGCCUGGUUUUCCUCUACAGGAGCUGGGUCAUUUGCCGGAUCUCGGCCCCUGGGUGUGUGUGAGGGGAGGGUUUCCAGAGUGGGGAGAGCCAGGCCUGCCGCCCAAGCCCUCUGUCCCGCCGCUUCACACCGUAGGCCUGCCCUGCUGCUUCUCCCGUACAGACCAGCUUUCGUGGUCUGUGGCCCUCGCUCCCAGCUCCCCCACCACAUGUCAGCCCGAGGGCCGCUGGAUUCCUCCCCAAGUAGCUGCUUGCCACCUCCUGCUCCAUGGCAGAGGCUGGGCGAGCAGGCUGGGGGCCUCCUGGAGUCAGGGUCACGGGGGGCCUACCUGAGACGGUAGGCUAUGGAGAGCAGCGUUUUGUGUUCGGCAAGGCUGGGGGUGUGGAGCGCACAGGAGCUGACCUGUGAGUAGCCUGCUCACCUCCCGGGGUCCGCCUUCUCCUGUCCCUGAGGACAACUGAGGUGCCUGUUUUCCUUCUUGGCUCUUCCGCAGCUCACCUGCUGGGCAGCCCAGGGAGGAGAAGGGUCCUGCCCCCGCCCUGGGGCUGGGAGGAUGCCUUGGCCACUCCGAGGACCAGGCGUCUCAUGGAGGAACCUGGUGUCGCUCUUGAGAGGAGCACGCAAAGCCAGAGCUUUAGUGAGGUCUGACGGGGGAGGCCAAACAGGCGUGCCCGAGAUGUGGCCGAGGUGUCUUUCUCUGGGCUGCGUGUUUUUAUCUUGGAACAUAGGGUUGCCUCUGGAAGGCCGCCUUCCUCCAGGAACGCCGCUUGAUUUUCUCUGAGACAAGCCCACCCGUCCAGCAAGAUAGAGUCCCUCAGGGUGACGGUUGAUUUCCUGAAGGUGCCCCUUGGCCUGAAGAAGCCGGUGCUGAAGGAGGCGGCUGUGGGGCCCCCCAGAAGGCCCCAGCCCGUGGCCCUGGAGCGCUACAAGGCACGGCGUUCGGACGCCAUGGACACCGAGUCCCAGUACUCGGGCUAUUCCUACAAGUCAGGCCACUCCCGCAGCUCCCGCAAGCACAGGGACCGCCGGGACCGGCACCGCUCCAAGAGCCGCGAUGGGAGCCGCGGUGACAAGUCCGUGACGAUCCAGGCUCCAGGGGAGCCCCUGCUGGACAACGAGUCCACGCGAGGGGAUGAACGGGAUGACAACUGGGGGGAGACGACCACAGUGGUAACGGGCACCUCAGAGCACAGCAUCUCCCACGAUGACCUCACGCGCAUCGCCAAGGACAUGGAGGACAGCGUCCCGCUGGACUGCUCCCGUCACCUGGGUGUGGCGGCGGGGGCCACGCUGGCACUGCUGUCCUUCCUCACGCCGCUGGCUUUCCUGCUGCUGCCCCCGCUGCUGUGGCGGGAGGAGCUGGAGCCCUGCGGGACGGCCUGUGAGGGCCUCUUCAUCUCCGUGGCCUUCAAGCUGCUCAUCCUGCUGCUGGGCAGCUGGGCCCUGUUCUUCCGGCGGCCCAAGGCCUCGCUGCCGCGUGUCUUCGUGCUGCGCGCGCUGCUCAUGGUGCUGGUCUUCCUGCUCGUGGUGUCCUACUGGCUCUUCUACGGCGUGCGCAUCCUGGACGCUCGCGAGCGCAGCUACCAGGGCGUCGUCCAGUUCGCCGUGUCGCUGGUGGACGCCCUGCUCUUCGUGCACUAUCUGGCCGUGGUCCUGCUGGAGCUGCGCCAGCUGCAGCCCCAGUUCACGCUCAAGGUCGUGCGCUCCACCGAUGGCGCCAGCCGCUUCUACAAUGUGGGCCACCUCAGCAUCCAGCGAGUGGCAGUGUGGAUCCUGGAGAAGUAUUACCAUGACUUCCCUGUCUACAACCCCGCCCUCCUCAACCUGCCCAAGUCCGUCCUGGCCAAGAAAGUGUCUGGCUUCAAGGUGUACUCCCUCGGAGAGGAAAACAGCACCAACAACUCCACGGGCCAGUCCCGGGCCGUGAUCGCGGCGGCUGCUCGGAGGCGGGACAACAGCCACAACGAGUACUACUACGAGGAGGCAGAGCACGAGCGGAGGGUGCGCAAGCGGCGGGCCAGGCUCGUGGUGGCGGUGGAGGAGGCCUUCACGCACAUUAAGCGGCUGCAGGAGGAGGAGCAGAAGAACCCCAGGGAGGUGAUGGACCCCCGGGAGGCGGCACAGGCCAUCUUUGCCUCCAUGGCUCGGGCCAUGCAGAAGUACCUUCGCACCACCAAGCAACAGCCCUACCACACCAUGGAGAGCAUCCUCCAGCACCUGGAGUUCUGCAUCACCCACGACAUGACGCCCAAGGCCUUCCUGGAGCGGUACCUGGCGGCCGGACCCACCAUCCAGUACCACAAGGAGCGCUGGCUGGCCAAACAGUGGACGCUGGUCAGCGAGGAGCCGGUGACCAGUGGGCUCAAGGACGGCAUCGUUUUCCUCUUGAAACGCCAGGACUUUAGCCUGGUGGUGAGCACCAAGAAGGUCCCCUUCUUCAAACUCUCCGAGGAGUUUGUGGACCCCAAGUCGCACAAGUUUGUCAUGAGGUUGCAGUCUGAGACCUCGGUGUGAUGGAGCCGCAGGGCCGGGGGCGCAGGCCCUGCGGGCGGGGGCGCGCUCGGCCCCCGCUUCUGCCGCCCUUCGGGCCCUGCCCCCGUUUCCUUUUACUUGAAUUGACCCCCCACCCAUCUGCCCCCUUCCUCCUUGGUUGCCCCACGGGAGCCUCAAGAGGCCCCUGCGUCGUCAGCAGAGCCUGGGAAGCUCGCCCUCCGUCCCCAGCCCUCACUUGGUGUCAUCGUGCAGGAAGCCCUGCCUCUCCCUCUCUCCCUCCCGGGUGGCGGUCUCUCCUGAGCCCCCAGCGCCCCCCCAAACCAGGUUCUGGUAGCAGUUUCCGCCUGUGGCCCCGAUGAGGUGUCCCGGGGGCCCAGACAUGACUCCCGAGAGCCACUGUGCCAAAACUCCUCCAGACGGGGGGUCGUCCGCUCCUCCUGCCCACUCAGCCGGCCCGGUACCAUCGCUGAGUCCUCGGGACAGGGUACCCGUGCGUCCCCCAGACUCGGCCCGGGUCGGGGGUCUCCCUGCCGUGGUCAUCGUCGGAGCCUCCCCCGCACAGCCACACACAUUUAGAGCAAGGGGGGAUCCUGCCCUUCACCCCUGAAGUGUCUGCCUUCCGUCUCUGAGUCAUACGGUCUUCUGGGGCCAUAGCCAGACGAGGCGGAAACCCUCUGUGACCACCUUUCCUGGGCCGUGGGGGCCGGCGCCUUCCCUCACUGGGUCGUGCUGGGCAGCCUCUGAGGGAAGGAUGGGAGCGAUCUGGGGAACAUCGCGGGUCCCCACCCUGAAUCUGCCUGUACCCUCGUUCCCGCCUCGCUGGGCCAGGCUUCCCCUUCCGGGGGCAGGAUGGCGAGCAGACGCCAGCCCUGAUUCAGGGGCGCGCCGCCCACGACCCGAUGACCCCUGCGGUCUUAGACCAACGCUUUUCUUUCCUCCCCGACCCCUCCCACACCCCCGUGUGUCUUCUCUCCGCACCAGGGACCUGUUGCCUCAUCUCGUUUGGGGGGGAGCCGGUAGUUCCUCCUCAUCCCCUGCCUUAAGCCCACUUCUUUGCCUCAGGGGUCUCUUUUCCUUGGCUGGCCAGGGUCCCCUCCUGUCUCCCUGCCUGGUUCUCUGGGCGCUCGUCUCUCUCAGUGCUGGGGGGAGGGGCCAGGAUCGCUGCCUUCGUGGGUUUCUGUCCCUCGCCCCGUUGAGCUUCUGUGGUCUCUACACCCGAUCUGAAUUCUCUAGAGUUUAGGUCUCUUUUUGAGCAAAAUUCACUGGUCUUCUAAGACAUAUUUUCAGUGUAAAUCUGAGCCUUUCAUUCAGACGUGUAGUUUUAGCCAAGGGAACUGGAACCUCCAGCCGGGAUCCCCGUGGCGGACCAUUGGCGGCAGGGCUGGAGGGUGGCCCCCGGGCCGGGCCUCUGAGUAACUCGCCGGGCCCCUUCCUGGUCCCAUCCUCGGGCAGACUCACUGGUUCUGGACACGCGGAGUGCCCCCUGGGCUCAGAUCCCCACUGGUCUCUGGCUGGGGAGGCUUCCCGCCCGUGGAGGGGCAGCCCUCAUGUUGGCCAUCCUCUCUGAGAAAGCACAUCUGUGCACGCACCGCCUCCCAGACAAGGGCUCUUGGGUGCAUGCUGACCGCUGUCCGCCCGGCAGUGGGUUGGGGCCUGACUCCGGCAGCACCUGAGGGAAAGGCGUCCUGUCCUGGGGGUUGCGGGAAGGUAUCUUUUCUUCUCUGCAAGGACUGGGUUUCAGAGGAGUCUCUCCUGGGUCGCAUUUCUAAAUACCUCACUAUCCUGGAGAAUGGGGCCUGGAUGGUGGGCAGGAGCGGGGGCUGGUGCGACGGGCGGACCCAGCUGGGGCGGGCGGACCGAAGGUGGCUGGGAUCCUCGUUGUGGCCCUACGUUAGCGGUGGGGGAGUGUUUCUUUUCAGAACCUGCCAUGUUUUUAAUCACUGUGAUUUUUUCAUUCCUUUUUCUGAACACAAAAAGCAAACUUUCCCCCAACUCUCUAAGCACUAAGGGCUGUGACUGAGAACGGUAGCGUUUUGGUCCUUUGCGUCGGAACUGUGGUAUCUUUGUCUUCUUUGACGAUUAUUAUAAUAAUUAUUAUUAUUUUUUGAAAUGUCAGGAUGAGUUGUCAAGUGUUCGGCUGUGUGUGUCUUUUGCUUCUCCGCACGGGGAGCUGUCUUCAUGCUGUGAACUGCUGCGGGCCCAGGCCCUCUGGGCACUGUCCCGCCUGCUCCGCCGCUCCUGCCAUGCUGGGGUUUCUUCCUCUUCUCCUGUGGGGGCCGCACCUACCUGUGGCCCCUCACCGCUCCGCCAGGACCCCGGGUGGGCGUGUGGCCGGGUCUCCAGCAUUCCCCAGCUGCCCCGCCCCCCCACCAGGCCUUCCUUGUCAUCACCUUGGAGCGCCCCGGGGACGCUGCACGUCAGGCCUUCACCUACCUCGCCACGCCGCCUGUCCCCAUGGGUCCCAUUUCUCUUACACGACCCUUCACGCUCCGUUGACUCGUUUUUUCUUUUUGAUCCUUCUUUGUUUCUGCCCAUCUCUGUCCCAUCUGAGCCUUUCAUCUCGCGCUCCACAUCCCAACCCCGCCACGGUACCUGUGAAGAGACAGUGGGACCCCUCAGAACCUUCUCAUCCUAAAUACCCGUUCCCAGAGUCUGCGCUUCUCUCCUCUGUGGGGCCCGAGGAGCUCCGUCACCCCUCCGCGCUGUACGUCCGUGCGUCUGUCUGUCUGUCUGUCUUCUCUUUCCCCUGCCCUUCCCCCAGGGCAGCAUCUGCUGAUGGAUUCGGUCCUGGUGUGUGACUGUUGUGGUCUGUUGUUCUGUGCGCGAAAGGAAGGGGGCUUGUUUUGGGUCCCUUCCAAGUGAGAUUGUAAAUGUAGAAUUUGCCACUGUUGAAUCUAGGUUUUUCUUUUAUUCUUUUCUUUUUCAUUUGUUUCUUUCUUCUUCUUCUUCUUCUUCUUCUUCUUCUUCUUUUUCUUUCUCGUUUUUCUUUUUUUGGGUUACAGAGACCUUGUGCAUGCAUGUAGAAAAUUGUAAAAUGUAAAUUUUUUUUUAAUAUAUAAAAAGCUUGUUUUUACAGUUUGCAGUGGAUCGAAACAUAAUGGCAAUUUUAGUUUUUUUUUUCUUAAACAUAGGAACUAAAACUGUACAAAUUUUUUUUAUAUAAAAUAAAGACAUUUGACUUUGGUGGGGGCAUU